CGGCUGCGCACUGGGCGCUCUCGCCCGGGAAGCCGCAGUCUCGAGAGCGCUAACGAGGUGCUUCGAUAGUCUCUGGCCGGCCUUUCUGCGCACCCGGUGUCGUUGCGCUGCACCCCGGGCGGGGACGUCCGCCGGGCACGGGAGGGAGCCAAGAUGCCGAUCAAUAAAUCAGAGAAGCCAGAAAGCUGCGAUAAUGUGAAGGUUGUUGUUAGGUGCCGGCCCCUCAAUGAGAGAGAGAAAUCAAUGUGCUACAAACAGGCUGUCAGCGUGGAUGAGAUGAGGGGAACUAUCACUGUACAUAAGACUGAUUCUUCCAAUGAACCUCCAAAGACAUUUACUUUUGAUACUGUUUUUGGACCAGAGAGUAAACAACUUGAUGUUUAUAACUUAACUGCAAGACCUAUUAUUGAUUCUGUACUUGAAGGCUACAAUGGGACUAUUUUUGCAUAUGGACAAACUGGAACAGGCAAAACUUUUACCAUGGAAGGUGUUCGAGCUGUUCCUGAACUUAGAGGAAUAAUUCCCAAUUCAUUUGCUCACAUAUUUGGUCAUAUUGCAAAAGCAGAGGGUGAUACAAGAUUUUUGGUUCGAGUGUCUUAUUUGGAAAUAUAUAAUGAAGAAGUUCGUGACCUUUUGGGCAAGGAUCAGACACAAAGGUUAGAGGUUAAAGAAAGACCUGAUGUGGGAGUUUAUAUCAAAGAUUUAUCAGCUUAUGUGGUAAAUAAUGCUGAUGAUAUGGAUAGAAUUAUGACGCUAGGCCACAAAAAUCGUUCUGUUGGUGCAACUAAUAUGAAUGAACAUAGUUCCCGUUCCCAUGCCAUCUUUACAAUUACUAUAGAAUGCAGUGAAAAAGGCAUUGAUGGUAACAUGCAUGUCAGGAUGGGGAAGCUCCAUCUUGUAGAUCUUGCUGGUUCAGAAAGGCAGGCAAAAACUGGAGCUACUGGACAGCGCCUAAAGGAAGCUACAAAAAUCAAUCUUUCACUUUCCACCCUUGGUAAUGUAAUUUCUGCCUUGGUUGAUGGAAAAAGCACUCACGUGCCUUAUCGUAACUCUAAAUUGACUCGUCUUCUUCAGGAUUCCUUAGGAGGAAAUUCAAAAACCAUGAUGUGUGCAAAUAUUGGGCCAGCAGAUUACAAUUAUGAUGAAACGAUCAGUACAUUACGGUAUGCCAAUCGUGCUAAGAAUAUUAAAAAUAAAGCUAGAAUUAAUGAAGAUCCAAAAGAUGCUUUGCUGCGUCAGUUCCAGAAAGAAAUAGAAGAACUGAAAAAGAAACUUGAAGAAGGAGAAGAAAUAUCAGGCUCUGAUAUCAGUGGGUCAGAGGAAGAUGAUGAUGAAGAGGGUGAGAUUGGAGAAGAUGGAGAGAAAAGGAAAAAAAGAAGGGAUCAAGCAGGAAAAAAGAAAGUAUCCCCAGACAAGAUGAUUGAAAUGCAAGCAAAAAUUGAUGAGGAGAGAAAAGCACUGGAAACAAAGCUCGACAUGGAAGAAGAAGAAAGAAACAAGGCUAGAGCUGAAUUAGAGAAACGAGAAAAAGAUCUUCUUAAAGCCCAACAAGAGCAUCAGUCUUUGCUGGAAAAAUUAUCUGCCCUGGAAAAGAAGGUAAUUGUUGGUGGGGUUGAUUUGUUGGCCAAAGCUGAGGAACAAGAGAAACUUCUUGAAGAAUCUAACAUGGAACUGGAAGAAAGGAGGAAAAGAGCAGAGCAACUUCGGAGAGAACUUGAGGAAAAAGAGCAAGAACGCUUGGAUAUUGAAGAAAAAUAUACCAGCUUGCAAGAGGAAGCACAGGGAAAGACCAAGAAGUUAAAGAAAGUUUGGACUAUGCUGAUGGCUGCAAAAUCAGAGAUGGCUGAUCUUCAACAAGAGCAUCAGAGGGAAAUUGAAGGCCUACUGGAGAAUAUUCGGCAACUUAGCCGGGAGCUUCGACUUCAGAUGCUUAUUAUUGAUAACUUUAUACCUCGGGAUUAUCAGGAAAUGAUUGAAAACUAUGUCCAUUGGAAUGAAGACAUAGGAGAAUGGCAGCUAAAAUGUGUUGCCUAUACAGGAAAUAACAUGAGGAAGCAAACCCCAGUACCUGAUAAAAAGGAGAAAGAUCCCUUUGAAGUGGACCUUUCUCAUGUGUAUCUUGCCUAUACUGAGGAGAGUCUACGUCAGUCUUUGAUGAAACUAGAAAGACCACGAACUUCAAAGGGGAAAGCAAGGCCAAAGACAGGGAGAAGAAAGCGUUCUGCAAAGCCUGAAACUGUAAUUGACUCUUUACUACAGUAAAUGUUACAGACUUAAAGUCAGAAUAAAAAUUAGUGAUAUUCUCAUGCCUGUACAAAAUCUUUAAUUAAAACAGUGAAGACUUCUCUAUAAUUUCAGUUGAUGGAAACUGUAGAUCAAUGAAUAAGACUGGAAAUAAUAAUUUGCGUAAUAACUUUUAGUCUACAUAUAUUAAUAUAACAUUAAAAUUGUACAACUGGUGAUUGUUCAAAUUGUCGUACUACUGCUCUUCAAUUGUACUGUGCAGGGAAGUUGGGGGAGCAGUUCAUACUAUAGAGAGUUACAGUUUAGAUGUGUGUGUAAAUCGAUUAGUUAUUUAUCCAACUACUGUAUAUUUAGGUAACUAGAAUUUCAAAAUAGAAAAAAAAAACUGUGUCCUGUUUUGCACAUAGAAAGAAGCAGAUCAGAUUGUCCUAUGUUACACUGUUAUAUAUGAAUGUUUGGACUGUACAUCUAAGAAAUGAUUCCGUCCUAACACUAACCCAUCCAGCCUGUUUAAACACAUUCUAAUGUCUAACAUUUGUUGCAUUUUAAGUAUGAGAUGACUGAUCUUAUUGAUGUUCUGUAGAAAAUUUUAUAAUUUAACAAUCUUUGCGAGUAUACAUGUUUUUUAAAAAGUUGAAAAUGUUUCAUCUGAACCUUUCCUAACUUUUUUUUGCCAGUUUGAGUUCAAAUCAAAUACAUCUUAUGUUCUGGUUUCAUGUUCUCUUGAAAUAUUGAAUUGUACGUAAAUAUAAAGGAUCUACUGUUGCAGAGAAUUAAGAAGCUAAGUACUGUUCAGUUAUCUUUGCCUGCAUGUGUAUUUUUAAAAAUUCACUCUGAAGUGUAACUUACGGAUGCUUUUCUUUGAGUUCUAAAUUUUGGUGGGAAUUACUUUAUAUCUCCCAGUUGAGAAGGGUCUCCAUUUUCCAGAAAAUACAGCUAAGCAAGAAAAAUAUCUUUUAAAUACUUUGCCUUUAAAACACUUUUUAUUUUGUUUUUCUGUUUUAAAAAUAAAAUAUUAUUUUCUGAAUUUCUUCUAUUGAGUAAUCCAGUUAGACCAUAUUCCUCUACAAAUAAAAACUAUGUUGAUUUCAUAGUAAAGUAAGCUGUAAUAGAAUUAUUUUUUUCUGUUGUUGGCUGCUUAUGAAAUUUUUAUUUUUUUUUUAAAGUUAUGCUACUCCUGGCUGGGCACAGUGGCUCACGCCUAUAAUCCCAGCACUUUGGGAGGCUGAGGCAGGUGGAUCACUUGAGGUCAGGAGUUCGAGACCAGCCUGGCCAACAUGAUGAAACCCUGUCUCUAGUACAAAUACAAUAAUUAGCUGGGUGUGGUGACACACGCCUGUAAUCCCAGCUACUUGGGAGACUGAGGCAGGAGAAUCACUUGAACCUGGGAGGCAGAGGUUGCAGUGAGCCAAGAUGGCAUCACUGCACUCCAGCCUGGGUGAUAGGGCAAGACUCCACCUCAAAAAAUAAAAAUAAAAUAAAAGUAAAGUUAUGCUACUCCUAAACCACUUAAUACAUGUUUUGUGGUUUUCAAAAUUAUGUAAUCAGCCCUGAAACACAUUGGUUGAAAAUAUUUUGAGACUUUAUAAGUUAAGUAUUUAUUAAAUUAAUGUUAUUUUAAUAAGUUUUGUUAAAUCCUAGUUUAAAUGACAAAGCUGUGUAUAGAUUAGGGGUGAGUGAAGGUGGAGUACUGGUGAGGUGGUAAUAAAAAUGUAUCCAUAAAUUUAAAGUCCAUUCCAUAAUUGGAAUACUGAAUGUUCUGUGUGUGGUGAACAUUUUCUAGGUGAUUAGAAUUGCAUUUCACUGGCAGCAUUUAUUUGUGGUAUGUAAGAUAGCUAGAAGUUUAUUACUUAACUCUGUGGGGCAUUGUUUAAAUACUGUGAAGAGUUGAGGUAAAUAUGUGUCUUGUAAAAGCUUUGUGUAAUCAGAAUAUUUUGGUAAUUAUAAAAUGUUUUUGAUGAUACACAUUUAACUCUGUUAGUAAUUACUCUAAAGAUGUCUUAAUUUUACCAGUUUAAAAAAAAAAUGCUUCUUUUUAAAAGUUCAUGUUUCUAACCUUUACAAUUCAGUUAAUAGGAAAGGAGUAACUUUUAAAUCAAGCUUUAAAACAUGGAAAUUUAAGCCAGUAUGUUAGAUAUUUUUUCUAUCCUACCCUACCAUAAUAAUAAAAAGAAAUCUAUAAAAAGUCUAAAUAAAAAGCCGAUCUAUAGAAAGUCAAUUGAGAAUUUCUUAAAGCAGGCUACUAUAGCAGGGGUGUUUGUUUGGAGACAGAGUCUUGCUCUAUUACCUAGGCUGGAGUGCAGUGGGAUGAUCUCGGCUCACUGCAACCUCUGUCUCUUCAGCCUCCUGAGUUGCUGGAACUACAGCUGUAUGCCUCCAUGCUUGGCUAAUGUUUGUAUUUUUUUGUAGAGAGGGGGUUUUGCCAUGUUGCCCAGGCUGGUCUCUAACUCCUAGAGCUUAAGUGAUCUACCUGCCUCAGCCUCCCAAAGUGCUGGGAUUACAGGCGUGAUUAUAGGCCUUGAGCCACCACACCCCACCUACUAUAGCAGGUUUUUUAAAAAAACAUUAUGUUAAAACUGAUUAUACCAGAUGGACAUUAAAUAUCCAUCUCAGAAAUACCAAAAAUUUGAUAUUUAAGCCUGGCCUGAAUUUUUUUUUUUUUUUUUGAGACAGAGUCUCACUCUGUCGCCCAGGCUGGAGUGCAGUGGCGCGAUCUUGGCUCAUUGCAACCUCCGCCUCCUGAGUUCAAGUGAUUCUCCUGCCUUAGCCUCCUGAGUAGCUGGGAUUAUAGGCGGGCACCACCACGCCCUGCUAAUUUUUGUAUUUUUUUAGUAGAGACCAGGUUUCACCAUGUUGGCCAGGCUGGUCUCGAACUGCUGACCUUGUGAUCUACCCGCCUCAGCCUCCCAAAGUGCUGGGAUUACAGGUGUGAGCCACCACACCUGGCCUCAAGCCUGGUCUGAAUAUCUAUAUGCAAAUAUGGGACACUGACUUCAGAGCUAUUCAUUUAGCUCCAGUCAUAGCAAUUCUAUAGUUUCCUCACAUUUACUGUGUCUUUGUCCAUAAAUGAAAUAUUUUGUACGGUCAGUGUUAAUUUCAUGAGACAAUAUAGAUGAACAUACUUGCUCAUUUUUUGAAAUAAAUAUGCAGAUUUAAAAUGAGUGGCACAUACAUAUAAAUAGGUUAUUGAAUGGGUAUUCUCUUUUCCCUUUAAUUUAAAAAGUAACAUUUAUUUAUUAAAAGGAGCAUUGGUAGAAUUAUUGGUUUAUAGCAUCUUCUUUAAUAAUCCUUACAAUUACGUAUACUAAUAGGAUGUUAAAAUUAUCAUAGUGUUUCCUAUUUGUGUUUAGAUUCUUAUAAAGCAUGAGAUGAGUAAUCAAGGGGAGGGUUGCAUCUCCAUGUUUGCCCCAUGAAUAGAAUCCAUUUGACAAGCCAUUUCAUUUCCUUUCUGGAGAAAGGGAGUUGUUUUUGUUGUUGUUGUUGUUGUUUUUUUCUUUUUGCAGCAAACAUUUAAGGUUGUUUUGGGGGAGGGGGUGGUGCUACUUCCUCUGUAACAUGUUUUUAAAACUAUGAUUAUGGUUUUUGGUUGUUUUUUGUUUUGUUUCUUUUUAGUCUGAUUUUAAUAUCCUUCCCCUUCACUCUUAAGGAAAGUCUUCUUCUUUCCUACAGGGCUGUGAAUUAAGGAAUGGGUAACGUUUACAUUUAAGUAUACCAAUGUCUGCCCAAUUCCCUAGUGUAUAGAUUUGUUUGUUUUUAUUUUUUGUUCUUAAAAAUACUAGAAGAAAACAUAGAUGUUUCUAGUGCCUUUGAACUUAUACUGCAGUCUAAUUUAAAUAAUGAAUAACUUAAGUAGCAUUACUAUAAUACUGUAUACUGGCCAGAAUUACAAAUUGUACAGUUGGUUGCAUUAGUUUCAAGAGCCACGCUUUCAUUGUAUUUUAUGUAUAAAUUAUAUUUGUUCAAGUUGUAUAUAUUGAUAUUGUAUGUAUACAUGCAGCAUGGUUAAAUAAGAAUAAAAAUCUUUUACCUAA